CUAUGAUUUCAUAUUUUUCUAUUCACAUUUUUCAAGGAUGCAGCUACCGGGCGACGACGAGGUCACGUGUUUUGUAAGAUGUCGAGAUUCUGAAUUGAAUUCAUCUUCUUUGAAUUGUUGCCUUGGUAACAUCAGUGGCGACGCGAUAGAAGACAGCGAGGAGGUGAUAAGCAAUUGCAUUACACUUAGCCGACCAGGGCAGGAGGAUAACUAUGAGCUUCUUUCAUAUCCAAUUGUCAUCGCAAUACCAUACCAAAUAAAUGCUCGAGUGGCGAAUACAAAGGAGCUAAUUGUCAAGCAGCGGGUCGUCAGGGAAGAGGUGGUUUCGGAGGAAAACCCAGAGAUUGUUAAGACCGUGGAAUGGAAAAUAUUGCAGCCAUUAGCGACUGAUUCCAGUCUACCUGAAUACAAGGGCCAGUUAGUUGAGGUGGCAGUAACUCGAUUGACGUCAUUUGCAGUUGUAGCGCGCAUGGUCAACGACAAAAUGACCAUCAAUAAGAAAGGAGGGGUUAUAAAGUCGACAGCUGAUCAUCGUGUGACAAUCACCUACCCCCAGGGGGUGUGCACUUUGAUGAACGUCUCGCUACAGGUUCAACCUGCUGAGUCAGUUGCUGCCGAUUUGAAAACUCGAUUUCGACAUUGCUCGGACUUGAUCGGGGCCAGUCCGAUUCUUCACAUGACGCACGCCCCAAGCAAGAAGUUCGACAAGCCCAUAACUGUUUCCAUUCCUUGCCCUCCGAAUCCAAAUAAGGGCAGUACACCAGCCACAGGCAAAGUCACAAAGUCCGAGAAGAAAGAAAUAGAGCCAAUGCUACCGGAAGGUGCAAUUAUAAUUCGCAAGACAAAGAAGAGUAGUUACGGUGGAGACGCCGCUGAUGAUUUUCUCCAUGCUUUGUACAAACAAUCAGAAAAUGGUUCGUGGAACGAUUUGGAAAAAGUGGAAAUAAAACAAGUUCGAAAGGAUGUUGUGACCCUCGACUUGAAAAGACCAGUCGAGAGCUUAUUAGUUGUACGGAUGGGCGUAGAAACAAAAUACACUCCGAAGCAGAUCGCCAACACGUUUGAGCAAGCUUUACAAGUAAAAUACGCAAAUAUAAUCCUUUAUCACAAAGUUGAGAGGCCUGAGAAAAUUAUCGUUCAGAUUGUGCCAAUCCGCCAGUUGGAUAGCGCCCUAAGACGGCUAAAUAAUGACAACUACGAUGGACCUCCGGAUCCUAGUGCAGAUAUACCAAUGACUGAAGGUCAAGAAAUUACAAUAAGGCUCACUGGUAACAUCAGGAUUGUAGGUCACGAUGAACUCAAGUUAACGUUCCACACUCAACGAACCAACAUGGUAGAAUUUACCAUAAAAGAAAACAAUAAAUUUGGAAACUACAGUUCUUCAGAAUAUCGUGGCGUUGCCGAAUUUUAUGGACGGUCGCGAGUGACGGUCCAUGAACCAGACGAUCCGGAGGAAAUCCUUCUCCGUGAGGCGGAAGCGAAGGCGGCUGAGAAACAGAACAAGAAGUCGUCUGACUUCGGAGGAGCAAAAGGGCAGAAGGAACAGAAAGCAAAGGAAAAACUGGAGACGAAUUUGUCGAGAGCACCACCAGACCUCCUAUGUAAACUUGCAGUGUCUAUACCAAAGUCUGAGCCAGAUCCAUUAAUGCCGCCAAGUCGUUAUAGGACAAUCGCUCUAAAUGGUGAAGGCAUUGUGUCUAACGAGAAUCUAAUAUGGCUUUCGAAGGAACUAGGCUCCGAAUGGGAAUCAUUAUCAGCAUAUCUUGGUAUCAAAAGAAAUCGUAUACAGAGCAUCAAAAGAAACAAUCCACAAAAAAUGGAGGCCCAGAUUUUAGAUAUGUUGGUCACGUGGCGUAGCGUGAUGCCAAAGGCGUACAAUAAAGAAAGAAAGCUAUGUGCUGCCCUAGUAAAAUGUGGACGUUAUGAUCUAUCUGACGAAUUGAAGGAAAGAAAGGCAGAUAUGGAAAACAAAGGAUCAGCGGAUGGUGCAGAAUAAUAGUUUGACUGCCAGUUUCAAGAUUAUUAAUAUUAAAAUGGUUGCCAUAUUAUCAAUACAUAAAUUAGGCCAACAUAGGCCUAUAUGAACUUAAAUGUUUUUGCCGGAGGUAUACAUCGAGAACCUAGUCCAAUGGAGAGGGUUUGAGUACUGGAGGUCCCCCAGAUAUAAGCAUAAUUAUAUAGGAACACCUUAUUGUUGUUGGAACAGCCACUGGCGGUUCAAACAGGAUGGACCAUACGACUAUUUUUUGGAAAUUGUAAAGACAAAACAGUGAGCAUGCACCUAUAUCUCUCAUCUGAAUCCCCCACUGUCCUGGUCUAGGCUAAAUCGCGAUUUCCUAAUAGAGCCUAAUAAAGUAACUUUAUCUAUGAAAUGAAGUAAUGCAAAUUUAUACGACAAUAUCAACUGAUGCUAAGAGAAAUUAGCAAAAGAUCACCUUGUGAUUAUGACCGUGAAGGCUUGGCGCAAAAGCAUAGCUCAUUAAAUUAACCACCCGAGAUCGAAAUGUAUACACUCAUCAAACUAAUUAUUAUCUUUGCUUAAUUUCCAUAAAAUGUAGGUGUUGAUUUGGUUUUGAGUUAACACUUUAAGCAUUAACGCAUUGGUAUUCUGUAAUUAAAGAGUAUGGUUUAUUUAAUGUUAUUGAACGCAUCGAAGCUCCGACAAUUUGCGCUACAGAAGUAUAACAUUAUUAUUAUUAUUAUUAUUAGUUAAAAAAGUGACAGGCAAUAGAGGUGACAUCAUUAAUCAAUCGAUUUUCUGUCAAUCAGUGAGUGAUAAUCAAAACAAUCAUAACUUUCGGGCGUACGACUGAGGGUAGGCCUACUGUUAUUAUGCCUACUAUUUAUAUUGAACAAUCAAAGUCUUGUUCUGUGUUGCUGUACAGUCCCACAAUGCUAAAGUCUACAUGUACAUUUCUCAAACGCUUUCUGCAUCAUAUAUGCAUACUGUAGUAUUAAUGUUUUUGUUUAUUUUGGAUGAAAAAUGAGAAUAAAAUAUAUUAAAAUCAUUUA